AAAAGUAAAGAAAUAAAAAGAUGUUACUAGUAAGGUUGGAGUCUCAUUUUUAAUCUAGUAAAUAGUAGAGAGAAAAAUAAAGAAAGAAAAAGAUAGUACUAGUAGGGUUGGAGAAAGUUUAGGCAGGGAACGCAGAUCGUUGUCCGCCAAGAAAGCAAGAAGCGACUGCAGGAGGUAGCGGGAGCUGCUGCUAGUGCUUAUGGAGCUGGAGGAGCGGACAAGGAUUGUGGAAGUGCAGGAUGGUUCGUACAGAUGGAUUGAUUGGUGGCAGGAUGGUUGCGCCAGCCGAGAAAGGCAACAGAAAUCAAAAGUUCGAAGUGCAUUUUUAGAUGCACUUUUUAACUGUGAUUUCUCAUGCAGGUACCGAGAGAAUAUGGUGGAAGCCACAUCCAACAAGAACUGGGAGAAUGUGGAAGGUUUCCGAUUGUGUGAGAUUGUCAAAAAUUCCUAGAGAAGGUCUUGACAGUUGCUGGGGAGAGUAUUGCUCGAGGAGGAAGAGGACUCCAGAGUUCCAACAUGGCGUGGCUCCAGCUGGUGGAACAGGGCACGCAUCAUUAAGGAUAUGGCAAAGAAAGCUCUGGAAGGCGUCAGAAAUCAGCUUGCUGGAGAAGUUCGUAAACCCGUAUCUCACAAGAAGAAGCCACCACCACCGAAAAAGUCCCAUUCUAAAAAACCUACACCAAGUACGUCGCGGUUUGACGGCGCCGGUUCCGACUUCGCAUCUAUUGCGACGCCGGGCGCAGAUGGAGAUGGUGGAGGAUGGUCCAAUUCAACUGUAGAUGCUGGGAAAGCAAAGAAAGGCGCUUCGAUGGAGAAGCUAGUGAGUAUGGACGAGGACUCCCAAAGUGAAUGGGAAUUGCAGGGUGGUGCUGGUGAAGGCAAAAUGGAUGGACAAGAUGAGGGAUCAGGUAGCUCACUGUCAACUAGCAGUUAUUUCUUAAGACGAUAUGAAGAUGAGGGAAUAUGCAGUAGUGAUGCCUAAACCCUGGCGACGGCCCGCUGUCGAUCUCGAUCUCCAAUGGUGAUAGCGUGCUAGGACCACAUAGUUGCCGACCACCUGAGACUCGCUUUGACUCUGCUGGUAAAGAGGCCUCACUCCAACUCUUCUUCACCAACCUAUCAGCCUACUAGUGUAAUGCGUGGCAAGAACUCCAAAGUGAGACAUCGAAAGAUGAUUGUCAAGACUUGUUAUAAGAGAUUACACCAAUAACACUAUUAUGUGAUAAAAAAUACCCUGUCAUUGUAACCGGAUACACUAGAAGGGCCCCCUGAGUAAAGAAAAUACU